AGAGGCCCGAGAUACGCCCAAUGGGUUAGGCCAUUUGACGAAGGUUUUGACGUCACGUGGCCGCAGCCACUGAGAAUGCAACAGGAGGGAGAGCGGGGCGUGGAACUGCCGUUGGUGACGUCAGAGGGAGAGGAUAGCAACAGUUGCCUUGAGACCCCCGGCGCCAUAGUGACUGUAGCCGUGGAGACUGUUACUUGCCAACCGGAGACACACGAUCAGCAGUGGCCGGAGGAACAGCCCGGGACCGCGGGGCCACAACCCUCACAUCAUCACGCAGCUAACCGCACAGGGAGACGGACCCAGAUAGCAGCAUGCAAAGUUCAGAUAGCGGCUCAGAUUCUGCGACCUCCGUUGCAUUACGGACAUCAGCAUCGGCACAAGCUCCAGUAGUUCAGCCUGUACCAGCUUCCCAACAGAGGAGUUUGUCUCAGUCGUCUAGCUCUGCUCCCAAAGGAGCACAUGGUCAGAGUGUCUCUGUGCCCAGAGCUCACCAGAUACAGCAGCAGGUACAGGCUGUUCAGCAUGUCUAUCCAGCCCAAGUGCAGUAUGUGGAAGGGGAUACGGUGUAUACCAACGGAGCCAUCCGAGCCGCUUAUUCCUACAAUGCUGAAGCCCAGAUAUAUGCUCCCAGUAGCGGUGCCUCAUAUUUUGACUCUCAGGGCGGAGGUGCACAGGUGACCACUGUAGUCUCCACUCCCACUGCCAUUCCCUCCCACAGUAUGGUGGGCAUCACCAUGGAUGUGAGUGGGAGCCAAAUAAUCUCUAGUUCUGGAGCGUACCUGAUCCAUGGUGGGCUGGACAACUCCCGCCAUACUUUAUCUCACACUUCCCGUUCCUCUCCUGCCACGCUUGAAAUGGCGAUUGAAAAUCUCCAAAAAAAUGAAGGCAUCACCUCUCACAAAAGCAGCUUGCUCAACAGCCAUCUCCAGUGGCUGUUGGAUAACUAUGAGACUGCAGAUGGCGUUAGCCUACCAAGAAGCUCCCUUUACAACCAUUAUUUACGUCAUUGCCAGGAGCACAAACUGGAUCCAGUUAAUGCGGCUUCAUUUGGCAAAUUAAUCCGCUCAGUGUUCAUGGGGCUGCGGACACGACGCCUUGGCACCAGGGGUAACUCGAAAUACCACUACUAUGGCAUCCGAUUGAAGCCUGAUUCCCCUUUAAACCGACUUCAAGAGGAUACUCAGUAUAUGGCAAUGAGACAGCAACCCAUCCACCAGAAACAAAGGUAUAGACCUCCACAGAAGAUGGAUGGCAUGGUAGACAACUCUAUGAACAGCAGCCAGCACACCUCUCCAGAGCAAUCUGUUGCUGCCCAGAGUCAGCAUCACCAGCAGUUCAUAGAUAUGUCUCACGUGUUCCCAGACUUUCCCAUGCCAAAUGUGAGCGCGGUCAUCUUACCAGAUGGCAUUACCAUGACUGAUAUAAAGAAUUUGCACCUUAUGUACAGGCGUCACUGUGAGGCAACAGUAGAUGUGGUAAUGAAUCUGCAAUUCCAGUACAUCGAGAAGUUGUGGCAAGCAUUUUGGAAUUCUAAACCCUCUUCUCCUGAUGGCUCUACCACACUGAGCAGUGAGGAGGAGCAAGAGGCGUUCAUCCCGAAGGACAAGCUGAUGGUUCUUUGUAAAUACGAGCCCAUAAUGAGGUGGAUGAGGGGCUGUGACCACAUCCUAUAUCAAGCUUUGGUGGAAAUUCUCAUCCCAGAUGUCUUGCGACCUGUUCCCAGUACUCUUACACAGGCUAUACGUAAUUUUGCAAAGAGUCUAGAGGGAUGGCUAACAAAUGCGAUGAGUGACUUUCCCCAGCAAAUUGUUCAGGCAAAGGUUGGUGUUGUCAGUGCCUUUGCCCAGACAUUACGGCGGUACACGUCCCUAAAUCAUUUGGCACAAGCAGCCCGGGCUGUCCUGCAAAAUACAUCACAGAUUAAUCAGAUGCUUAGCGACCUUAAUCGUGUGGACUUUGCCAAUGUUCAGGAGCAAGCAUCCUGGGUAUGCCAGUGCGAGGAAGGCAUGGUCCAAAAACUGGAGCAAGACUUCAAGUUAACGCUUCAGCAGCAGAGUUCAUUAGACCAGUGGGCAAAUUGGUUGGAUAAUGUGGUCACCCAAGUGCUAAAGCCACAUGAAGGGAGCCCCAGCUUCCCCAAGGCUGCCAGGCAGUUCCUGCUUAAGUGGUCCUUCUACAGUUCUAUGGUUAUUCGAGACCUUACCCUACGCAGUGCUGCUAGUUUUGGCUCCUUUCACCUAAUUCGAUUGCUAUAUGAUGAGUAUAUGUUCUACUUGGUAGAACACAGAGUGGCUCUAGCAACUGGAGAAACGCCUAUUGCAGUGAUGGGAGAGUUCAGUGACUUGUCUUCAAUGUCUCCUGUACUAAUGGAUAAAGAUGACAUCAGUGAGCUGGGAAGCGACACAGAUGGGGAUCUUCGUGUCUCUGGCGAGCCUCAAGUCAAGAGAGAGCGUCUGGAUAUCAACAGCUCCAUGCAGGAAAUGUAGAGAAGACAAGUCCUGCGCCUUAUUGCUCCCUGAGAUGGGAUCUCCUCACUUUUGAGUCUGUCUGCCUUCAUCCAAGAACUCAAUGAAACCAGUGCCUGCGCGCCACGUCCUAGAAGUUUUAAGUUUUUAGCGUUUUUCUAUUUAGUGAAGAGUUCCACUAUUUCACCAACAUUCAAUGUUCCACUUUUGAUUAAAGAAAACCGGCACGGGGCAAAUGUGAAAUCAAUGCAAACCUGACAAUCGCACUGCAGCCAUAUGUGCCACCUUCUGACGCAUCCUUUUAUAUUAAGCUCAUCUUUUUAAAAUCAAAUAUUUGGGCUAAGAAUAUUAAGAAAUACCAGACAUUUUAAAUAUUAAUAUAGAGACUUAUCUUAAAGAUUGUGGCAGGAGCCUUCACGUUUCACAAUAUAACUUCUGAUAGGUACACACUGUGGCUGUUACCUCAAAAUAAAUAUAUAUAUAUAUAUAUAUAUAUAAUUUUUAUGUCCCUUGAAACUGUCUGCUUUGCAUUAGACAACAGAAGGAAGUGUGAGUACCUACACGGAAUGCCCACAGGUGGAUAGCAUAUAGGGCAAAUCCUGUUACGCUGUAGUUAGAGUUUGCAGAGAGUUACCCAUUUCUCUUAAUACCUUUCAUAAACCUAAAUUGAUGAUGGACUUUUAUUUUACCUCCCUGUUUUUUUGUUAACUUUUGCUAAUAUGAUCAUGUACUUUAUGGCUUGGUGCCAGUUUAGUAGUUUAGGAAUGAAUACAUAUGUAUUAUAGGCUCAUUUUACAGUGCGUGUCAUGUACACUUUUGACUGUUCUGUCUUACGUUUAGAUACCAAAGCAUCCUAUAGGCAAAGCACGGGGGGAUUUGCCUUUAUCUCUGAGAUACAGUAGUGCUCUGAAUUUGAGGUAGGCCCUUUUUGCCUUGGCUCUGGUGCCUUCAGAAUCCAGUCAUGGAUUUCUGUAUUAUUUUUGGUUUACUCUUAAUUUUCCAACAGAAAGACUGUUGGCAAAACCCCCUUGACCAAGUAUCUGUAACGCGAUAAAUUUUGUCUUGGCCUGUUGUAACACCUCUAGUCUGGCUCCAGCAUCAACUUCCCUUUGGCAUUAAAGAACCAAGAGUUUUUAGCAAUUCAGUGCCUUAGUAUAUUUAAACCUGCCUCGCCACAAUUCCCCUAUCCUUCUAUGUUUAUGCUUUCAUAUGUAUAUAUGUAUGUUUUUUACUGUUUUGGUUCCACAGCACUGCUGGCUCAUUAGAAUCUAAACCAACUUGCUAUACCCAUUUUAUGAAAUGUAAAUGUGUCCAAUGACCUAUUUGAAUAACGCAAGUAUCACAUGAUAUAAGUCAAAGUGGAGGUCACCAUUUCUCUGCUAAAGUUGCACAAUGUUCAGUAGUUUGGAUAGUUAGAUUGUAACUGAGUGGGUUAUUAAUAAGCUGUCAAUAGUAUAUGGCAGGAAUUGGUAGAAGUGUAUGAUCACUUACUGUAUCUGAAAUGUACACUUAUUUGCACAAAAUACUUAACUGAAAUUCAUAUGCUUUGAAAGUUCAAAAUGGCUUCUUAUCCUUUAUAAAUGGAAGAGCAAACUGGGACGUCUGUGAUUCAUGGCAUGGUUCCUAAAACAGCACUAUUGGAUUUUUGUGCUCUGAAUGUGUGAACAUGUGGCCUUGUACCCCCUUCCCUUGGGACUGUGUAGUUGCCUUUAUGGUUAACCCUUUCAAGCCUGGGAAUUUCAGAAGCAAUUGAAAGACCAUAACUGUUUAAAAAAAAACCAACUACAACAAAAAUAAUCUUAUUUACAAUAAAUGUGUAUUGUCUUGUAAUGUGAUCUUAAAUACUAUAUGCUGGUGGUAAUAGUUUCCAUGUGAUAUAUAUAAAUCUGUGUCUUUAGUGUAUGUUUUGUGAAGUGCCAUAUGACUGGCUGAGUGUAUCAUAGUGUUUUUUUUUGUUUAAGAGGUCCUGAUCUUUGUGAAAAGCUGUAGCAUUUUUAGUUUAAUUUUAUUAUCACAAUUCGAUAUUGGUCAUGGGUUCCCUGAAUUGAAUUUGAAGUUGUUGUUUUUUUCUUUCUCCUUUUUUUUUUUUUUUAAACAAUUUUAAAAUAAAACACAAAGGGUUUGAUUUUAUUAAUUGUACAAUAACUUGUUAUAAACAGGUUAUUUUAUUUUUAUAGAAAUAAGUAAACGUGAUCCCUGCAAGUUACUGCACAUUUUUGCAAUUGGCAUAAUGUUAUUAAAUGUGUCCACAACUGUAUUAUAUACAAUUAUGGUACAAUAUUUAUAAACCCAGACCUAUAUUUAUUUGUCAAGACAUUCAAAAGUACAAAUUCUUUGACCUGAUAACUCAACCACUGUCUAUUCCAUUGGAAUUAUUUGGUGGUUUCUAGAAGUUCUGUCAAAAUAUUUCCACCAGUUUAUGAGCAUUUGAAAUUAUGAAUAAAAAUGGACGUAAACUUCAGUUAUUUCCCAGGCUGCAAUGGGGGGGGGGGGGGUUACUUUUUAAUGUAUAAAUGUAUAGCUGUAUGUGUUAUGAGAAUUUAUAACACCUUUUUAUCCCAUCUUAAAUUUUGCAUAUUGAAGUUGUAUUAUUUUCAUAUCUAAAUGAAAUACUCUUUAUAUUGAUAUCAUUAAGCAGGAUUGUACACAUACAAUGCAUGUGCAAUCUUUAUAAUGCCCAUUUGGAAACAAUGCUAACUGUUCUGGUCUUUGUUAAAAGUAGAAAUAUUGUGAUUAUAUUUUCUUUGUAAAGUGAAUAUUGGAUUAUAUCGGGAUUAAUGUG